AUGUCUGCUGGUCAAUUCGAAUUGCGAUGGGGUUUUAUGGGUCAUGGCGCGAUUGCCUGGUGUAUGGCCAAGGAUCUCCAGCUUGAUCCGGCGACCAGGGGUGUUACGGAUGUGAAACACAAGAUUGUGGCUGUCGCUUCCCAUCUUGGCAUCGCACCGGCUGAGGAAUUCAUCCACCGGAUCAAGGCGCCUGAAGCCAAAGCUUAUGGGUCAUAUGAGGACUUGGCAAGUGACCCUAACGUCGAUGUCGUAUACGUCAGCAGCCCUCACUCCCACCACUAUCCUCACGUCCUCCUCGCUCUCCGCUCCGGAAAACACGUGUUGUGCGAAAAGCCCUUCACCGUCAACGCAGCCCAAGCAGCCCACCUCCAACGCGUCGCAAAGCAACACAACCUCUUCCUCAUGGAGGCUGUAUGGACUCGAUUCUUCCCGGUAUCGAUCAAGAUGCGCGAACUUAUCGCCAACGGCGAAAUCGGAGAGCUGAGACGCGUAUUCGCAGAACUCAGUCAAGACUUCGACCCAUACAACAUUGAUCCACAACACCGUAUCGUCAACCCAGACCUCGCAGGCGGCGCACUUCUCGAUCUCGGCGCAUACCCAUUAAAGUGGAUCUUCCAAACCGUCUACCACACCCUCCCUCCCUCCUCUCGCCAAACCCCCACAGUCCUCGGCUCCUCCAUGCAGAAACUCGGUCACGGCGUCGAUGUUGAUGAGCACGUAUCAAUGAUGCUCUCAUUCCCCCGCGAUACUGGCAAUGUGAUCGCAGUCGCCAACGCCAGCAUCGGAAUGCACGCCUGCACCGCCGGUCCCGCCUUCAAGCUCCAAGGCACCAAAGGAGAAAUCACCGUCCCGUGGCCACCCUUCCGACCAACUGAAUUCACCGUACACAAACUCGGCGAAGAACCCAAGAAAUACGAGUUCGAGAUCCCGAGUGGAGGAGGUUUAGUACAGGAUUUGGAGAAGAAGACGUUUGAUGCGCCGAAUGGUGGUAUGGGAUUGUUUUGGGAGGCGGAUGAGGUUGCGCGGUGUAUCCGUGAUGGAGAUUUGCAGAGCGAGACCAUUCCGUGGUCGGAGACUGUGGAGGUUUUGAAGGUGAUGGAUGAGGUGAGGAGGCAGGGUGGUUUGAGAUACCCCGACGCCGUGGAGUUCGUGGAGGAAGAGGGUAGAGAGUGA